AUGAUUUGUGGAAAGGAUUUUAAUCCUUGCAAUAGUCAGUCUUACGGCGACUUUCAAGCCAUGACUGCACACACUCUCAAGGAUUUCAAUGUGUUUCAUACAGAGAAUAGUGCCAUACGCAUCAACGUAGGAGGCUUCAAGAGGAGGUUGCUCUCGAGCAUACUGUGUCGCUUCCCUGAGACGCGACUUGCCCGCUUACUGCGAUGCCAGUCGAAAGAAUCCAUCCUGGAACUGUGUGAUGAUUACGAUGACACCGAAAGGGAGUUCUACUUUGAUCGAAAUCCUGCACUUUUCCCCUAUGUUUUGAAUUUCUAUAACACAGGCCGCUUGCAUGUUAUGGAAGAACUCUGCAUUUUCUCAUUUACCCAGGAAAUCGAGUAUUGGGGGAUCAAUGACUUUUUCAUUGACUCCUGUUGCAGCAGCACCUACCACUGCAGAAAAAUGGAGCCGUACCAGGAGGAGUGGGAGGAUAAAAGUGAUGAGGACAGCACUACUUCUUCUUUUGACGAGAUUUUAGUAUUCUAUAGUGAUGCAACCAAGUUUGACAAGCAGCCACUUGGGAGAGUCCGAAGGAAGGUUUGGCUGAUGCUGGAUAAUCCUGGCUACUCUGUGUCUAGCCGGGUCAUUAGUGUUUUCUCUAUCCUGGUGGUGCUGGGCUCCAUAGCCACCAUGUGCAUGAACAGCAUGAGUGAUUUUGCCAUUCUGAACAGAGAAGGCCUGCUUCAGGAAGACCCCCGUUUUGAGACAGUGGAGCAUUUUGGAAUAGGCUGGUUCACGUUUGAACUGGUUGUCAGGUUUGUUGUUGCACCAGACCUACUCCAUUUCUUUGAGCACCCAUUAAAUGUGAUUGACUUGGUGUCUAUUCUACCAUUUUAUCUCACACUACUGAUUGAAUUAGUGGCUGAGAGGCGUCCUACACUGGAGAACCUGGGACGUGUAGCACAGGUCUUGAGGCUGAUGCGAAUCUUCAGAAUCCUGAAACUGGCACGUCAUUCCACUGGCUUAAGGUCACUUGGAGCAACACUGAAAAACAGCUACAGGGAAGUGGGUCUGCUACUGCUCUAUUUGGCAGUGGGGGUGUCAUUCUUCUCUGUGAUGGCCUAUACCAUUGAGAAGGAGGAAAAUGAUGGGCUGACUACUAUCCCAGCUUGCUGGUGGUGGGCAACAGUUAGCAUGACUACAGUGGGUUAUGGAGAUGUGGUGCCAGGGUCUAUUGCCGGAAAACUCACUGCUUCAGCUUGCAUCCUUGCUGGCAUCUUGGUGGUGGUGCUGCCCAUCACACUCAUUUUCAACAAGUUCUCUUUGUUUUAUAAGAGGCAGAAACAGUUGGAGAUCGCCAUGAGGAGCUGUGACUUUAGUGGGGACAUUAAGGAAGUACCUUCAGUGAACUUGAGGAACUAUUAUGCACAUAAAGUGAAGUCUCUAAUGGCCAGUCUAUCCAACAUGAGUCGCAGUUUUCCCAGUGACCACAGCUUGAACGAGUCACUGCAGUAG